CAAUAUUCUGUCAUGAUCGGUUUUGGUCAUGCUGGUCCACCAAGUAUAGAAGGGGAUUUACCUUUUUUUUCAUUUCAUCACCAUUUCUGCCAGGCCACGUCGACUCUAUCUAUUCCAGAUCGGCUUCCACAUCGUUAUUAGAGAUCACAGAUUCAAGAUUCCAAGUUUUUUUCAGUCUUUGUCACUUUUUAAAGUAUUGUGUCAUAAAGGAGUGAUGAACAUAGCUUGGAUGAAGUUAAUUUUUGAUAACCUCCCUCUAUUUUUGUAGGUGACCAGAUGUUCACUCUUUUGCAAGUUGGUGUUUAUCAAACUCCAGUCAUCAUAAGGAAAAUUCCAGGAUACUUUUUCUUUCUUUAUUUUUAACUCCAACCACAGCUGUUGCUGUUUUUGCCAACAUGGUCGUUCAGAUCAUCUAAGACGAAUUUAGUCUCCCCAAAUAGUAUGUGAGUUAUGACGUCAUCUAGGUCUUGACUUGGUCUUGUCCUGCAUGUAGUAUAUAUUUAUGUUUCUUCUUUUCAGGAUUUCAGUAAGUUCUUGGCUGCGCCUCACCUUCAUGCAAUUAUGCCCAAAUUUAUUAUUAGCCGUGUACUUCAUUUUAGGAGAAUGUUGUAAUCCUCGUGGAGAGUUUGGGCCGUUGACUCUAACAAUAAGAUUCGUCUGAGAGAACAUUACUAUACUGAGGAUAUUCCGUGGCACAAUAUAUUAAUUUAUUUAUUUUGGAAUUUUCGUCGCGUGUUAUUUAUUUAUUGUGUCACAAACGAAAACAAUUAUAAUAGCCCACACGGGGCUUCUUAUUUACUUUUUUGGAUUGCGUUUAAUCUUAUCGUCGCAAAUAAAAUUGUGAAAAGCAUUAAACACGUUUAUAAUAUUUUAGUGUUGUGCUUACAACUGCUAUUAGUUGAAAAUGAACAAAAACAUAAAAAUUACCAUCGUCGGAGAUGGUUCUGUGGGAAAAACGUGCUUGUUAAUUUGUUAUACGACAAAAAAACCGUGUAUGUUAGAGUAUAUUCCAACUGUUUUCGAUAAUUACGAUCAAGAUUAUAUUUUGGAUGGAAAUGAGUAUAAAAUUAGUUUGUGGGAUACCGCAGGACAAGAAGGUUACGAUCGAUUAAGAGUUUUCUCUUACCCGAAUACUGAUUGUUUUGUCCUUUGUUAUGCCAUCAACGGUUUGGCAUCGUUAGUGAAUAUUAAAGAAAUUUGGGUUCCUGAAUUGAAAAGACAUCGACCUUUCACUCCUAUUGUUUUAGUGGCGACUAAAUGCGAUUUACGAAACGUUGACGAUCCGAAUUUACGACUAAUAUCAACGGAGAAAGGGUUACAGUUAGCAAAAGAUAUUAAAGCAGUGCAAUAUUUGGAGUGUUCCGCUCACGAUAUGAUUGGAGUUGAACAAGUUAUUGAAUGUGCGGUUCGAGCUACUUUAAAACCUUUACCAACGUCGAAAAAAAGAAGAUGUUUGAUUUUGUAAAUUUCGUCGAAAUGGAUUAAUAUUAUAAUCUCAUGUAAUUUUUUUAUAUUACUUUUGUUAUGGACAGAUUUUAUAAAUCUAUAUCGCUUUUUAAUAAUAAUAUUUAAAAAAAGUUA